GUCAAUCGGAGAACAAGGGUAACAAUCUAUUUUGAUGCAGCCUUUGACCAACAAUCUUUCAAAUCUGUUUUAGGUACGAUAGUACGAGAUGUGGGGGGCGGGAUCUUGGCAUCAAAGAUGGUCAUCCACUCCGAUAUAUCAUCUCUGUUUGCGGCGGAGGCACAUGCAGGAUUACAAGCCAUGAGAUUAGGAAUUUCUUUAGGUUUUAAUAUUCUGGAUAUAGUGGGUGAUUCAAAAACUGUAAUAAAGAAAUGCCAAAGUACAGAUUUCGACAGAUCAACCAUUGGAGCACUCAUCAGAGAUAUCCAUAGCAAAAAGGCUAAUUUUCAAGAGAUAGAGUUUCAUUUUAUCCCUAAAACAGAGAAUACAUAUGCCCAUGUUCUUGCGAAAAAGGCUCUAAAGAAGGGAAAAAGCCAUUACUUAUUGGGUGGAGUUCCACAGUAUGUUCGCCGUGCACUAGAGAAAUUCUGGCCAAGGCUACCAGAUUGAAAGAAAAGGAAAGAAGGCCUCUUUUGGAAAUAGGUAGUAGAAGAUUAAAAGAUUUUUUGAAAACUGCUAUCAUUAAAAGCUGGAGCGAUGAUGUGAAUAGACACUGACUAAUGGUAUCCAAUUGUUGAUUUUGACUGGUAUAAGAUAAGAUUAGAUUUCCCUUUUAUUUGUUUUAUUUCAGCUUAAGUUUAUGGGCCAAUUCUGUGUGGACUGGAGCUCGUCUUUUAAUUUCGUUUUAAUAGGCUUUCAUUUCUGGAUUUAAAUCCAGUAUUGCUGCUACAAUUUGUUUAUGACAAGAAGAGUGAGGAAGCAUCCCAUGUAUUUGCAGAGGAAAUUAUAGUCAAACAUCAGCAACGAUCCUGCCAAUUCAUAUCUUCAUUUACCAAAAUCGUCUAAAAUAUAUUCAAAUUUGCUGUGAUUGCUUUGACUCUUCUCGAUGUUUGAAUGUUAAUCUGGCAUCCUUUGGACUAUUUAAUGUAUGAGAUGUACAUAUGUAUGAAGGAAUAUUUCAAUGUUUAUAUUUAAAAAGGAUCAAAUAAUGCCCUAUCCAAUACAAUUUACAUCGUAAUGAUUUAAGGGUUUUAUGUAAAAUGAAUCAGACUAUUUGGUUAGUUGACGUCCAAAAUGCGUAUUUUAAGAUUAUAAAAUGAAUUUGGUGAAUUGGUGGCGCUAUGAGGUGAGUGGAUCAGCUAAGGACAAAUAUAGUUGAUCAACGGUCUAAGCUUGACAUUAGAAACGACCCAAGUCAGUCUUGAAACAGUUCUCUCCCACUUUUACCACAACCCAUUCCAACACGACCUAACUUCGGUCUGAAUUUUUGGUUAAGGUUCAUUUUUAUUUUUUAAUUUUUCCCGCAAAAAAAAAAAAAAAAUCAAAAACCUCGACAUUUCCACACGCCAUUUCCUAUUACCCAAACACCCCACCCUAUUUAUACACACGCACACCCGAUCUCCCUUCGUUUUCAAAUCAGUCUAGUGAACCUAAAAUCCCAAAUCUGAAGGAAAAAUAAAAUUACCAUCCAUUUUCUUUUCUCAUUCGUUUCCAGAAAAUGGUUGAUUUAGAUUGGAAAGCGAAGAUGGUCUCUUCCGAUAUCCCAAACAAAUCCCCAAAACUUUCUAAUAAGCUUCAGGUUUCGAUUCCUACGCCGUUUCGCUUCUCCAAUAUUUCAUCUCCACUUUCGACUUCAGCUUCGGCUUCCUCCGCUUACGAUUAUUAUCUCCGGCUACCGGAGUUGAGGAAGUUAUGGGAGACAAAGGAGUUUCCAGCUUGGCAAAACGAGCGCGUUUUGAAGCCCGCUUUGCAUGCUCUCGAGAUCACAUUCAGGUUUAUUUCGAUUGUUUUGUCUGAUCCUAGAUCGUAUUCGAACCGUCGCGAAUGGAAGCGUCGACUCGAGUCACUCACCACGAGUCAGAUCGAACUCAUCGCCAUGCUUUGCGAGGAGGAAAACGAGGACAAAACGGCCGCUGGCACGGCGCCAAUCGUCGAUCUAACUUCUUCGAACGGAGUACUAGCUCGUGAGAGCAGCUCUGCCGAGGUCUGGAAGCUUCAUGGAGAAACAACGGUGGUCAGCCGAACCAGCAAAGACAGCUUGUUGCCUCGACUUGCCACGUGGCAGAAAUCUGAAGACGCCGCUCAGAAAAUCCUUUACACCAUUGAGUGCGAGAUGAGGCGUUGUCCGUACACUCUAGGUUUAGGAGAGCCGAACUUGUCCGGCAAACCGAGCCUCGAUUACGACGCCGUUUGCAAGCCAAACGACAUCCACGCGCUUAAAAGGAGCCCGUACGACCACUGCAUCGAGAACCACGAGAACGCAACGCUUUUCACGACGCAUCAGAUCCUGGAAUCAUGGAUCCAAACGGCGAAACAAGUACUGAAACGCAUCGCUUCGAGGAUUGACGCUGAAAUCUUCGAAACCGCCGCGAGCGAUUGUUAUUUGAUGGAAAGGAUCUGGAAGCUUCUAGCGGAAAUCGAAGAUCUCCACCUCUUAAUGGACCCCGACGAUUUCCUUCACCUCAAAAGUCAGCUACUGAUAAAACCGGUCAAUGAAACGGAAGCGUUUUGUUUCAGGUCGAAAGGCUUGGCUGAAAUUACGAAAAUCUCCAAGGAAUUGAAACACAAGGUUCCGUUUAUAUUGGGUGUGGAGGUGGAUCCUAAGGGCGGACCCAGGAUCCAAGAAGCUGCGAUGAGAUUGUACUCAGAGAAGCAGGAGGGCAAUAAGGUCUUCCUCGUACAAGCUUUGCAAGCCAUCGAAGGAGCUUUAAAACGGUUCUUUUACGGAUAUAAGCAGGUGUUGGUGGUGGUUAUGGGGAGUUUAGAAGCGAAAGGGAACCGAGUCGUGGCCGGCUCCGGCUCGGUCGAUUGGUUGAGCCAGGUAUUCUUAGAGCCUACUUAUUUUCCUAGUUUGGAUGCGGCUAAGACUUUUUUGGGCGAGUUUUGGAAUCGUGAACUCGGUGGAUCUGGGUUGACUCGAUGGAAGAACUGAUGACUCGGUGCCACUCAUUUUGAUUAGAAACUAAAGAUAAAAUGCACAGAUUGGAAAAUCGAAAAGAAGCGGAAGAUUAAUUAUUCUUUCUAGUCUUGAUGCUUGAGAGUCGAUUAUUGUUUUUAUAUUUAAUUUUUUUGUAUACUUAUAUUCUUGUAAAAUAGAAAUUCAUUAUUUAUAAAACUGUAUCCAAUUACUAUAAA